UAACGGGCUAGGGGGUAGCGGCGAAGGGUGAAAGGGUUUUUCUCAUCCAAAGCUACUCUCUUCUUCUUCUUCUUCUCUUUGCAGCUGCAAAGAGUUGAGCUUGGUAUCCAGAUUGAGAGAGAGGAAAAAUUCAGGGAAAAAUAUAUUAAAAAAAUCCAAAAUAAAAAAGAAGAGCAGAGGGAAGAAUAACUCAAUCUCUGUUCUGUACUAAUUUAAAAAUAAAAACCCAAUUCAUCUAUUCCCUCUCAAGGACCUUACCUAUCUUCUGUCACUCUCUUCCGACGGUUUUCUUAUUCUUUUCCGUUUCCUUUUUAUCGGACAUGUAUCGGUUCGCCAUUCUCCUUUGUAGAAUCUGAAUUAUGCAGACGGAUCAGACGGUGAUUAGUUUGAGGCCGGGUGGCGGCGGCGGCGGCGGCGGUGGUCCGCGUAGCACCAGAUUCUUUGCUACUCGCUUUGAGUUCUCCUCUUCUUCUUCUUCUUCCUUGGAUUCCCAGAUUCUGCGUCCCGCCUUCAAGGCUGGGGAUUUGCGGUUUGAAGGUCAUGAGUUUGUCCGGUAUACGCGGGAACAGCUGUUACAACUUAAGGAGGUUGCUGAUAUCCCUGAGGAUAUUUUGAAGAUAAAACAAGAAAUUGAGUCUGAGUUUGUUGGUGAAGAUCAAACCUGGGGUCGUGCUGAUGGCAAUCUCCAAGCUCAACCCCAAAGUCGUUAUUCUGAGCCAGACAACCGUGAUUGGCGUGGUCGAUCUGCUGCCCCUGGAGAUGAAAGAUCCUGGGAUACAAUUCAAGACAAUAAAGAGAUUUCCAGUCGUUUUGAUUCAAGGCCACAGGAAAUGAAUAAUCACCAGGAGCAUCUAAACUCCCAGUUUGCAAGGGCUCAAAUUUCAACUAGCCAAGGGGUAGGACCUACUCCUGUGCUUGUAAAGGCUGAAGUCCCGUGGUCAGCUCGAAGAGGUACUCUUUCCGAGAAGGAGCGUGUUUUGAAGACAGCAAAAGGUAUAUUGAACAAAUUGACCCCAGAGAAGUUUGAUGUUCUUAAGGGUCAGUUGAUUGACUCUGGCAUUACAACUCCAGACAUUUUAAAGGGUGUUAUCUCUCUGCUGUUUGAUAAGGCUGUGUUGGAGCCAACAUUUUGCCCUAUGUAUGCUCUUUUAUGUUCUGACCUCAAUGAGAAGCUUCCUCCUUUUCCUUCUGAUGAGCCUGGAGGAAAGGAAAUUACUUUUAAGCGAAUCCUUUUGAACAAUUGCCAGGAGGCAUUUGAAGGUGCAGACAAUUUGAGAGAAGAAAUUAGGCAAAUGACUGGCCCUGAUCAAGAAGUGGAACGUGUGGAAAAAGAAAGAAUGGUUAAACUGCGAACUCUGGGAAACAUACGCCUAAUUGGUGAGCUGUUGAAGCAGAAAAUGGUGCCUGAAAAGAUUGUCCACCAUAUUGUGCAGGAGCUUUUGGGACAUGAUGGCAAGACGUGCCCUGCUGAGGAGAAUGUAGAGGCUAUAUGUCAGUUUUUCAACACUAUUGGGAAGCAGUUGGAUGAGAGCCCAAAAUCUCGGCGAGUAAAUGAUAUCUAUUUUAGCAGGCUGAAGGAGCUGACAAUAAAUUUGCAACUUGCUCCACGAUUAAGGUUCAUGGUUCGUGAUGUUCUUGAUUUGAGGGCCAACAACUGGGUGCCUAGACGGGAAGAGAUUAAAGCAAAGACGAUCACUGAAAUUCAUUCCGAAGCAGAGAAGAAUCUGGGGCUGCGACCAGGUGCAACUGCAAUCAUGAGAAAUGGUCGUAACAGUGGGGCUCUAGGGGUUAUGGCCUCUGGGGGUUUCCCAGUUACCCGACCUGGCUCUGGGGGUAUGAUGCCUGGUAUGCCUGGUAUCAGGAAAAUGCCUGGAAUGCCUGGGCUUGAUGCUGAUAACUGGGAGAUUCCUCGAUCUCGGUCAAUGCCAAGGGAUGAUGGACUGGGUCCUCAGCCUGCUGGGCAUGUGCAGCAACCUUUCAUCAGCAAAUCACCUUCCAUUAAUUCGAAGUUUCUUCCUCAAGGUAGCGGUGGCAUAAUAGGGGGGAAAUCGAGUCCAUUGUUACAGAGUAGUGGUGGGCCCCCAGCUAGACCUCCAAGUUUUGAACCUGUGAAUCCUAAGCCUGAGAUAUCAGCAGCAGCUGCAGUCAGUUCUCCUGAGAAGACUGUGGGUAAUGCAACAAAAUCAAAUCCUGCUGCAGUCAGUUCUCCUGAGAAGCAUGUGGGUAAUGCAACAAAAUCGAAUCCUGCAGAUCUUCAGAGAAAAACAAAGUCACUGCUUGAAGAAUUUUUUAGUAUCCGAUUACUUGAUGAAGCACUACAAUGUAUUGAGGAGCUGAAAGCCCCUACUUUCCAUCCUGAGGUCGUGAAAGAAGCUAUUGCUCUUGCUUUGGAAAACAGCCCACCUUGUGUGGAUGCAGUCACAAAGCUUCUUGAGUUCUUACUUAAUAAGAACGUCUUCACUGCUAGGGACAUAGGAGCUGGUUCUAUUCUAUAUGGCUCUUUGUUGGAUGAUAUCGGUAUUGAUCUACCAAAAGCACCAAAUAAUUUUGGUGAAGUUCUUGGGAAGCUGGUUAUGGCUGGAGGUUUGGACUUUACAGUCAUCAAAGAAAUUCUGAUGAAGGUGGAAGAUGAGCGGUUCCGAGCAUCCAUCUUUGGUGCUGCCAUUGGGAGCAUUAAUUCAUUCCCUUCUGGGCAAGAAUUGUUGGCAAAGCAACACACUGACGUGCAGGCUUGUGAAAGUUUGCUUACAUAGUUCCAGACUGCUUCUUGGUUAUCUUUUUAGAGUGCCAUGCGGGAAACUAAACAGAUAUCUGUUUCACAUCUCAUAUGUUUGGGAAAAUUUUGUGUUUUGAGUUUUGAAGAUGAUGGAUGGGAGAACAAAGAAGAUUUAUUUAAGUUGUACAUCUUUUUUUUUGUUUGAGAUUUUCCCCAUUCUUAGUUUUGUUUAUCGAGUGAGAAACAUAAUGCUUUAUAUUUCCCCCAGGAUGCUAGGGAUGAAUAGUUGUUACAGUACAUUAGAAUCCAUGUACGAAGUUUUUGAUCCAUCGCCUGCAUGAGGCCCCAAUUUUCUUUAUGGAUAAUGCAUUUACUUUGUCCUUA